CACACACACACUGAGGUCGUGGUGGCGGUGGAUCAGUGCUGUUGUCAGAUUCAUCCUUUUCGAGGAGAAGCGUCUGUUUGGGCACGUUGACCCUUCGUCCCACGGUUCCACCGUCAGGUCUGCGGCUCCGACUGAAACAACGGCUCCAUUGUGUAGAACCGGAGAAGCUGCUGCUGCUGCUGCUGCUCCACUACUCUACAAGCACCCGACCAACUAACGGACGGACCUCCUGCGCCGCACGGAGCGAGUCAAGCGCAAUCUGUAGAAAAACAGAAAAUACGCAUGUGGAUGACUGUUGGAGCCGUUUGGCCACAAGAAGUGAACGUGUGCCGGAGGCGGCUCCUGGUGCAGCAAGUGCGAGCUUGUGGUGGGACAUUAACAUUUGACACUGUCGAGGUUUUACAUCAGCAGAGUCGAGCUGAGCGGAGUGGGACGGACUUGGGUGCCACUCGGGAGCCACAGCACCGACGCAGCAGCGAGGAGCCACAGAUCGCAUCAGCAAACAAAGCAUCAUGACCAAGAAACUAUGUGGGACCAACUACCCGACCAGCAUCUGCUUCAUAGUGGUGAACGAGUUCUGUGAACGCUUCUCCUACUAUGGCAUGAAAGCGGUGCUGACCCUCUACUUCCUCUCCUACCUGCACUGGGACAAGGACCUGUCCACCGCCGUCUACCACGCCUUCAGCAGCCUGUGCUACUUCACGCCCAUACUGGGAGCGCUCAUCGCCGACUCAUGGCUCGGCAAGUUCAGGACCAUCGUCUACCUCUCCGUCGUCUACGUGAUCGGCCACGUGGUCAAGUCGGUCGGAGCCAUCCCCAGUGUGGGGAGCAGCGACGUGCACAUCGCUCUGUCCAUGGUGGGUCUGAUACUCAUCGCCUUCGGCACCGGAGGAAUCAAACCCUGCGUGGCCGCGUUCGGAGGAGACCAGUUCGACAAGGAGAAUGUCAGCGAGAGGCAGAAAUUCUUCUCCAUCUUCUACAUGUCCAUCAACGCCGGAAGCCUCCUGUCGACCUUGAUCACGCCCAUGCUGAGAGGUGAUGUGCAGUGCUUCGGCGGGGACUGCUACGCCCUGGCCUUCGGGGUUCCCGCCGCCCUGAUGGUCGUGGCUCUGGUUGUUUUCAUUGCCGGCAGCGGGAUGUACAAGAGGAAUCCUCCCCAGGGAAACAUCCUGUUGGAGGUCUGCAAUUGCAUUGGAUUUGCCAUCAAGAACCACUGGAGGAGCUCAAAGAACGGCCCCAAGAGGAAGCAUUGGCUGGACUGGGCUGAGGAGAAGUACUCGAGGUGUCUGAUCCAGGAGAUUAAGAUGGUGCUGCGGGUGUUGGUGCUCUUCAUCCCGCUGCCCAUGUUCUGGGCUCUGUUCGAUCAGCAGGGUUCCCGCUGGACACUUCAAGCCACGAGGAUGAACAUGGCUUUAGGAGAUGCCUUCAUUAUCAAGCCGGACCAGAUGCAGAUGAUGAAUGCUCUGCUGAUUCUCCUCUUUGUGCCCAUCUUUGACCUCAUCGUAUAUCCGCUCGUGGGCCUCUGCAGGAUCAACCUCACGCCUCUGAGGAAAAUUGCCGCAGGCAUGGUAUUCGCAGCGCUGGCCUUCGGAGCAGCCACGCUGGUGGAGUUGAACGUUGUGAAAACGGUGGUGGAUCCUGCUCCUUCGGGGUCCUGUCUCCUGCAGGCCUUUAACCUGGCCGAGGGUAACGUCACCGUGAAGAUCCCCGACAGCAACCUGUUCCCAGAGCCAAUCCAAUACCUUCAGGAUCCCCCUCAGUAUGAGACGCUGCCACUCGGGACGUCCAGCGAGGAGCUGAAGAUUCAAGUCACUUACAGCGGGGCGACCUCAGUCUGCAACAAGACGUUUGAAGAACAAAAGGCCUACAGUCUCAUCCUCUACUCCGAAGCUACGGGAAUCCAGUGCAAACUUGUGGAGGACUCCAUUGAGAAAAGUCAGAAUGGGAAUCCUCUUCUGAGGUUCCUCAGCACACAGCCAGAGGAGAUGAACCUGACUGUCGGAGAUGUGACUUUCCACGUGCCCUCCGGUUUCACCAUGUCUCCAAACAAGGCAGUGGAGCGGGGAGAAUACCCGCACGUCAGCUGCGGCCCCCAGUCGGAGAAGUGCUCGCAUUUUGACCUGGGCCUCCUGGACUUCGGAGCCUCCUACACCGUCGUGCUCACAGAGGCAUCGGGUAAACUUGUGGCUCGCACGUUGGAGGACGUGAAGGCCAACAACGUGCACAUUGUCUGGCAGAUCCCCCAGUACGUCCUCAUUACUGCAGGAGAGGUCAUGUUCUCCAUUACGGGCCUGGAGUUCUCCUACUCACAGGCUCCGGCCAACAUGAAGUCGGUGCUGCAGGCCGCCUGGCUGCUCACCGUCGCGUUCGGGAACGUGAUAGUGCUGAUUGUGGCGGAGGGUGCGGGACUGGAACAGUGGAAAGAGUUCCUGCUGUUCGCCGGCCUGCUGUUGGGCGUCUGCAUCAUCUUCUCCAUCAUGUGCUGCUUCUACACCUACGUGGACCCGGAUCAGCUGGACAACAUCUACCUGGCGCACUCGGGGAAGGAUGUCGAAGUCGAGGACGACGCGGAGAAGAAAAAAUAUAACGGCGUGGACCUGAACAAGACGGCGAAGACGACCAGAUUGUAACCGUGCCGCGUCGCCGAGGUACUUUUUUUUUAAGAAAAUGAAGGACUAAGACGUGACUGUUUGAUUUUUUUCCUUGUUGUUGCAAUUCCAGUUUUUGACAUCAUUUGUCAGACGUAAUAAAUAGUCCACCAGUCGUGUUUAAGUGUUUAAAAGACGCACUGUAUAUAUUCGUUCUCAGGAUGUUAUAUUUUCAAUGACACUUAAUAAUAAUAAUCAUAAACUAAUACUGUCUCUGAACACAUUGGAGAAAUGGUUAAGUUUACAUGUGUGCACCUAUAACAGUGAUUUUAAAGGACAAUAGUAACUAGUGGUUUUGCAUGUUACGAGCCAAUAAUCCAAAAAUGUAGCAUAUGUGUUUUAAUACAUGACAACGAACCUUUGUGGUUUUUAUUUUUUUGUGAUUUACCUUAAUAAUCCUUCAGUUGCAAACAGGGAUUGUUAUGACAACUCUGCCUGUAGCGUCGACAACUUCCCAUCAGUAUCCGACAGCAACAUUUUAGUGUCGGAAAGAAGCAAAAUUCAUAUUAUUUUUCUUCACAAAGUUUUCUUUACUGUUUAUAUUCUGAUAUUCUUGAUAACAAACAACAAAUUUGCAUCACAAUAUAUUGUAGUGUUGAAUUUGUAAAAAUCUGGUCUGUCACAUAAAGUUCAUGUCAGUGGAAAACGAAAAGGACAUGAAAUGACAUUAGGCAAAUAAAUUGCUGGUUGACAUGAUUAUGUUUAUUUGUAGAUGCACACCCAUUUCGUUCACCGCUCCGUACACAGCUCAUCAUCCGUCAUCAAGCCGUUACGACCAUCGGCCGCCUGCUCCCGCUCAGUGACAACAUCUCAUUACUACACGACAGAGGAAAAACAUUACCCGGAGAACAAAUGUUCACAUCUUGGCAUUAUUGUGGUUUGUUUGCAUAUUAAAUUCAUUCAAGUGGU